AUGAGCUCCCCCAAGAGGGGCUUCUACCGCCAGGAGCUGACCAAGACGCUGUGGGAGGUGCGGGAGCGCUACCGGGACCUGCAGCCCGUGGGGGCCGGAGCCUACGGCGCCGUGUGCUCCGCUAUUGAUGGAAGAAAUGGCACCAAAGUGGCUAUCAAGAAACUGUAUCGCCCGUUUCAGUCUGAACUCUUUGCCAAGCGAGCCUACCGGGAACUGCGCCUUCUGAAACACAUGAAGCAUGAAAAUGUUAUUGGAAUAUUGGAUGUGUUCACACCAGAUGUCACAUUGGAGAAAUUUAAUGAUUUCUAUCUGGUUAUGCCAUUCAUGGGAACAGACUUGAGUAAGAUAAUGAAGCAUGAGAAAUUAACUGAAGACCGAAUCCAGUUCCUGGUCUAUCAGAUGUUAAAGGGACUAAAGUACAUCCAUUCAUCAGGCAUAAUUCACAGGGAUCUGAAACCUGGAAACCUGGCAGUAAAUGAAGACUGUGAACUGAAGAUUUUGGAUUUUGGACUGGCAAGGCAUACUGACAGUGAAAUGACAGGCUAUGUAGUUACCAGGUGGUACAGAGCCCCAGAAGUCAUACUUAAUUGGAUGCAUUAUACUCAGACAGUUGACAUCUGGUCAGUGGGCUGCAUAAUGGCCGAGAUGAUAACAGGGAGGCCACUGUUCAAAGGAAAUGAUCAUCUGGAUCAACUUACAGAAAUAAUGAAGAUAACAGGCACACCAACUCAAGACUUUGUUCAGAAGCUACAAAGUCAAGAUGCAAAAAACUAUAUCAAAAGCCUCCCAAAAGUGCAGAAAAAAGACUUUGCAUCCAUCCUGAAGUACACGAAUCCUUUGGCUGUAAACCUUUUGGAGAAGAUGCUGGUAUUAGAUGCAGAGAAGAGGAUAACAGCAGCAGAAGCUUUAAUACACCCUUAUUUUGAACCAAUUCAUGAUCUUGAAGAAGAAAAUGAGGCAGAGAAAUACGAUGACACAUUUGACAAUAUGGACCUGCCACUGGAUGAAUGGAAGCGAAUUACAUAUAGAGAGAUACUAAAUUUCAAGCCACCUCAGCUAUCAGAAUCAAAGGAAACAGCUGUGUAAAUGUGUGUGUCGACCUCUUCAAAAUUCGAAAGCAGCAGGAAGGUUGUAAAUGUUUGUGAUAACUCAGUUGUAUAAACCUUUUAUAAAUAAACUGGAUGUAAUCUGUUUUUUCUGUAUUGUAAAGAACAUUGGUGUCUUUUACUGUGUCUAGGAACCUUGUGCCUUUAGGAGUAGCAUUCAAAACUAUCUGGGAACUUACUUCUAUUUAAAUGUUUCUCAUAAUUCAUGAAGUACUUUCACAUUUGGUUUUGAAAGUUGAGUUUACAAAGCAUCGUAGUUAAGAAUACUGUUUACCUUGAACAAGCUGAGACUAAAGACCUGUCUUCACGUGCCAUGUACAGGGUCAUAUAGAGAUACUUACAUGACUUUGCUUGGGUACUGUAACUCUGCCUGGGCUAAGUCACCUUGAUGAGAAGCAGGUCUGCGGAGCACCUCACUACUGUGGCUAAACUGCCUAUGCUGCCAAGCAAACUUUUUCAGAAUUGUCUUAGGUAUCUCUGUGCAUUGCAAUAUUGUGCACUAUAGCUGGAACAUAAAUGGACAAGUGCUUCUCUUUUCCUAAACAAAUGAAGGGGAGGCUGAGCAAUCCUGAAAGCAAGAGACAUGUAGUCAGGGACAUCUUAGCACCAACAGAUCCAGUAGAGUCCCUGUAUAGUUGGUCCUGAUUUUCAGUAGAGUCCCCCAGGAUCCAUAGACUUCAGACAGGCAAAACCUGCUACUCUUCAGAGUAGUGGAAAUAACUCAUGUAGUGGGAUAGGACACCCCCAACUAGAUAGCGUCUUCUGAACAGUGUUGCUGUUUUACAGGGACCAGAUAAGUCAGUUUUAAACAGUAUCGUAUGGUCUUCCUCUAGUGAAUAGCAACCUGUCUCUGUAUAGUAGAAUAGGUGGCCUAGGUUUUUUUUCCAAGGGAAAAACUGAGGAUUUAUAACUUUUGUAAGCCCUGUGACUCACAGGUUGUUAAUGCAGUUAUACCCAUGUACAGUGUGCUGGGGGUACAGGUAUGCUGAUGUUAAAAAUAGAACUUCAUGCUUCACAUUAGGAAGAAAGAGAUGAGAAUAAAAAUGACACAGUACAAUCAUUCUGGUGCCUUGCAGUAAGCUGUUUUGUUCCCAUUUUAUAUCGACCCUGUUAGGUAUAUGGUAAUGAUUUUUUGUAUGAAGUCAUCUCAUUCUCUUGUGAAAAAUCCAUGACAGAGGUACAGUACCACCAGGGUAUAGCUUCCUUAUGAAUAACUGGUCAGAAAUUUUGUUAGUCCCCUUUAGCAGUUGGGUUCAUUUCUUGUCUUUUCAUUACUGCUAAGUUUCUAAUAGUUUCCCAGAUGUGGGGAAUUGAAAUUGAUGAACCUCUGUGGGUUUUUUUAUUGUGGGUUUUUCUCCUCCUUUUAGCUCAUCUUUUAACAAACAGAAUAUUUGGCUAUGGCAAUUUGCUGUUUUGCAUCAGUGCUAAGUGAAGUAUCUGUGAAGGGACACAUCUCAUCCUUGUAGAGAGUAAUUGAAAAAGGACCAAGAGAUAGCUCAGUUCACUUACUUUUCACUUAAUAAGUAUUUUAAAUGGGAAAGCUUAAUCAACUUUUGAUGAGGGUUGUCAUAGUUGUAUAAUAUCAACAUCUCUAAAUAUCAGCUCCUUUGAGAAAUAUUUGUGAUGCAUUUGACAAGACUUUAAAGAAACAUCUUGGGGUGGAGAAAAGAGGCAGUGAGGAAGAGGCAAUUUUGUUCAAAUUUGUUUUAUUGCAUUUUUAAGAUAUUUCUAAAAUUUCAUCAAAACUUUUAAAAUUAGAAAAGUCCAAAUAGCAGCGUAAUGGAUUAAACUAGGGAUGACCACUUGAAAAUGUAGUCUGGAUUUUUUUAUCCUAUUUCACUUAAUUAAAAUUUGAAAUUUGACAGUUUUUUAUUGGCUCUAAUACUCAUUAGUUAUGGACUCAUUCCCUAUCCUGCAGUGACUGGAAAAUGGAUUUUUAGCCCUCCAAAUAUUAUGGCUUCAUACAUUUGGAGGGAAAGAUGAACUACUAAAAUAAGAGGGAGCUAACUUUUCAAAUGGUAUUUCCCCAGAAAGAUUAAAAAUUGAGAACUGUGUGAGGGCAGCAGAAAGGAUUGCCAUACAGAGAGCUUAUUGAAAGAAAUGCAGAUGUGGAGGAAAGAUACAUUUCGUGGGAGAAAACUGCUGGUUUAUAAGGGGAGACAAAAUUUCCUAGGUGUUUAUUUGCUACUUCUAAUGGUGCUAAGAAACUCAGGAAUAAGAACCCAAUUUUUGUUUGCCUUAAAGAGAAUUGUAAAUAUGAUCUGCAUGAAAUGUAUUGUGAAAAAUGUAUUGUGAAAAAUAAAGUUUUUUAAAAUAGGUUAUUGUCUUGU